AUGGAUAUGAAAGUUAAGAAAAUAGAUCAAAACGAUAUUGUAGAGUGUUUUAAUCACGAUGCACAUGUUGACGACUAUGUAAAGGCUGUAAUGUUUUGUUGCAGUUGUGAAUCGUAUCUAUGUUACAAUUGUGAUUUGGCUAAACAUUCAAAUGAUGAUAACAAAGGUUUAGAUAUGCAUAUUAGAAUCCCAAUUAGUUCAUUAGGGGAUGAAGAAGAUGAUCAUGACCAUAAUACAGUUGUUGGUACAAAAAAGAAUGAAGAGGAAGAAGAAAAGAAAAGAAACUCAAACAAACUAUUAGAAAAUGCAAAGGGAAAAGAAAAAGAAAAGAGAAAUAGUUUUAGUUUUAAAAAGAAAGAAAAUGUAAAGGAAAAAGAAAAAGAAAAAGAAGAAAGUGUCAUUGCAGUUGAAAAGGAUCCAUUUGAUGAAAACUUGGUUGUUGGAGAUUCACCAUUUACACUUGUUGAUACUGAUACCAAUGACAACAAUGAAAAGACAACAGACGAACAAAAACAAAAAGAAGAAAAGGAAAUAGAAGGAAUUACAUUAAAUUUGGAAGGAGUUGGAUUGAAAAAAGAAAAGGAAGUUACAUUUAACAAUAUGUUUGAAAUGAAUCAACGUUCAAAUACUUGUGGAUUGGAGGAAGGUGAAGAAGACAAUGAAAUCAAUGCUAUGGAUGUGCCAAUGAGUGACAGUGUCGAAGCAUCCAAUAUCGUACAGGGUGUCGUCGAAGGUGUCAUUGAGUUGGGAACUGGUAUUGCCGACGGUGUCACUGGUGUCAUUGCCGACCCGGUCAACGGUGCUCGUGCAGAAGGUGUCAAGGGUUUCUUUAAGGGUGUUGGUCGUGGUCUGAGUGGCGUUGCACUCAAGCCUGUCAGAGGUGCCGCCGGCCUAGUCGGCAAGGUUGCCGAAGGUGUCAGAAACACACCAGAGGCCAUCUUUACACCCUCCCAUCAACACGUCGACGUCAUCAAGGAGAAAGAAGCCACCCAUUUCCUCGAUGGUCUCUAUCAAGGCACACUGGGUCUCGGUAAAGGUAUUUUCGAGGGUGUCACAGGUGUCGUCGUCGAACCAAUCAGAGGUGCCCAGGAAAAAGGUGGUGUUGGCUUUAUCCAAGGUGUCGGCAAGGGUCUACUCGGUGUAGUAUGCAAGCCCAUCUCUGGUGCCAUGGAUUUCGUCAGCAAACCCAUUGAAGGACUUGCCAACACACCUCAAACCAUCAUCGAUGCAAUCGAUGAAAGAAAAAUGAAAAAAGAAGCUCUGGCCAAACACAAAAAACAAAUACAACAAGAAAAGGAUGAAAAAUUAAUGAAAGACGAUAUGGAUCAAGAUGAUGAAUAUUAUCUUGAUGAUAAUCAUCAUAAUAAUCAAAAAAAUGAUACAAAAUUACUUGACAAACAAAAUAAUAAUAAUAAUAAUAACAAUAUUAAUAAUAAUAACAAUGGAAAUGGAAAUGGAACUCCAGAACAAGAAAAAAAGAAAAAAUUCUCUCCUUCAAUGGUUGGACUGUCACCAAAAUUAACUUCACGUAGCGAAUCACAAAAAGAGUUUAAUGAGAAAUGGUUAUCUGACAACAAAUCACUAGGCAAAGAUACUAUUAGCUCAACCAACUUUUCAAAAUAA